AUGUUCUCGGUCUCCAACUUGAAGAGUUCGCGCUCCGUGCGCGUAGUCGUCGUUCUUUUUAUUUCUCUCACUCUCGUUUACUCUUUUUAUCUGGGCUGGAAACCGUUACAUACGUUGUCCCCCAGCUCCAAGACUUCAUUACAAACAUCUGCGACCGGUAGCGCGGGCUCAAUACCCCACACUCCUCCAAAGGGUCCUUUAAGCAGUGACCCUAAGAGUUACUCUAUCACGAAUACAGCAAUCAACGGGGUUCCAGACAAGGUUUGGCACUCGGCCAAAACCGAUAGCAUUUCGGAACAGCAGCGAGCAUACAUCAACAGCUGGACAGACAAAAAUCCCUCUUUCCGCCAUGAGCUGCUGACCGAUCGUUCGGCCGAGGCAUUCGUUCGAGCAUACUACCAGCAGACGCGGCCCGAUAUCGUCCAAGUCUACGAAGGCCUCUCAAUCCCAAUCUUACGGGCGGAUCUCUUCCGCUAUCUAAUCAUUCUCGCCAAGGGUGGAUACUGGAGCGACCUGGAUGUCUCGUCUGAGAAACCUUCCGCUGAAUGGGUACCGGCGGAGUACAAAGGCCAGCACAUCGACAUGAUCGUCGGACUAGAAUUCGACUUUGAGACGCGAGGACCCGGAACAGAAGUCGCUUCCCAGUUCUGCAACUGGGUGUUCUCGGCACAGCCAUCAUCUCGCAAUCUCCAAGUCAUCGUCGACUCGGUGGUCAACACAUUGAAGAAGAUCGCCAACGACAACAACGUUUCCAUUUCGGGGAUCACGCUGGAGAUGCUUUCAGAUGUGGUCAAUGUCACUGGGCCCAAGAUCAUGACAAUUUCAAUCCUGGAAGGUCUCAAGCAGUUGUUGGGCAGAGAAGUCGAUGAUCGUGAUUUUGCGGGGAUCAAGCACCCGAAGCUUGUUGGCGAUGUUCUGAUCAUGCCUGGGGUUUCCUUUGCUGCGGCGCAGAAUGGAUUCCCGAAGGACCAGGGAGAUGCUCUUGUCACGCACCAUUAUGAAGGCUCGUGGAAGCAGGCUGACGCGGAGGCGAAGGAAAGGAAAAAGCAACAGCAGACACAGUCAGGAAGACGAAGCCAUGUAACUAUGUAA